CAAAUAUAAACAAAGUGAAACAGUAUCAAACUGUGUUGUCCUUAAAGGCCAGUUUGUUUAUUCAGUUAUUAAGUCAUGAGAACAAAUAAAGUCUGUUUAUCUAUUUUACUUUAAAAAUGCAGAUGUUUCAUUUCUGAUAAACAAUGCCAAAACUGCACCAUGCACCUUUAAUAUUGUUGUAUAUUUGAGGUUAUUCACAUGCACAUAUGCAAAGGAAGUUUCAAGACAUGCAGUGAACCUGGGGCGUUUUAAAGAGUUUAACAAUAACUGUUCCCUUCAGCCCAAAACUUACUCAUUAAACCUGUGUGCUUAUUAAUUUGAUUUCCAGACAGGGGGGGCCACUGUCAUCCACCAGAGGCUUACACCACAGCGGAAGUGCUGAGAAAACCAGGAACAGCGGGGCGAACACCACCGCACUGUGUGAUGAUCAGGUGGAGGAGAGUCACCUGCUAACGUCGACCGAGCACAGCUAGCCCAACCUGACAGCCGCACUCCGGGAGACAUGGGAGGGUCUCAGAGCGUCGACAUACCCGGUGGAGGUACUGAAGGGUACCACGUCCUCACGGUGCAAGAGAAUUCCCCUGGUCACCGUGCAGGACUGGAACCAUUCUUUGAUUUCAUCAUUUCUGUUUGUGACACCAGACUAAACAAGGACAAUGACACCCUAAAAGAGCUGCUGAAGAUGAACGUGGAGAGGCCCGUGAAGAUGCUCUUAUACAGCAGCAAGAUGCUGGCAGUGAGAGAGACCACCAUCACACCCAGCACCAUGUGGGGCGGCCCAGGACUGCUGGGGCUCAGCAUCCGCUUCUGCAGCUUUGAAGGAGCCAAUGAGAAUGUUUGGCACGUCUUGGAAGUGGAGCCAAACUCCCCUGCAGCCCUGGCUGGUCUGAAGGCCUACGCUGACUACAUCAUAGGAGCCGAUGCCGUCAUGACUGAGAUUGAAGAUCUGUUCUCCAUCAUUGAAACGUAUGAGGGGAAGGAGCUGAAGCUUUACGUUUACAACACAGAUGCAGACAACUGCAGAGAAGUGCUCAUCACUCCAAACUGUGACUGGGGUGGAGAGGGCAGUUUAGGAUGUGGUAUCGGCUAUGGUUACCUGCACAGAAUACCUACGCUUCCAUUCUCAGAGGGCAAGAAGAUCAGCUUCCCUGCACACACUCCCAGUGAACCAGCUCUUCCACCUAAAGAUGGCUUCACUGAGGUCCAUCUCUCUGCUGUCAUUCCAACCAUUCCAGUUGCUGUGUCUUCUUCUGUAUCAACUGGGUUAGAGCAGCCUCUCACCGGCUUGUCAGUCAGCUCUGACCCGACUGCUGUCAUUAGCGAUCUAAAGACAGGAGCUUUUACUGUCCCACUGACAGUCCCCUCAUCACACAGCGUCCCCAUGUCUGUUAGUCCUGCUGCUACACUAUCAGGUUCCAUGCCUUUACCUGGGGGUCUUCCGGGGGUAUUAUCACCUGGAGUUGGUGGAUUACAACAUGCAGGUCUCCCACCUCUCACCCUUCCAGGUGUGAUGCCUGGUGUAACUCUGCCACCGCCUGACUUUGUUCUUCCUCCAAUCGCUGCUAGUGCAUUUCCUUCUGUUACACAGGAUACCAGGUUUCCCUCUCCUACCCAACAGAACAGUACGCUGACCAAAAGCCCUGUCCCAUCAUCAGGGACCACCUGUGAAUCAAUAAAUAUCCCAAUGACUGCGGACUCAUCUUAGCAGAGAGCACCUUUGAAAGGGUGGCACACUUGCUCUUAGGUCUCUACUCAGUCCAGCUGUCUGUUUGCUGCUGACAGACUGCUUGUACAUACUGUUAGGAUUCUAAGUAUGAAUCUUGACAAUACCGAAAUUACAUUUUAUUCUAAUCGUAUGCAGCAAGUUUUCCAGUGAAAGUGUGUCCAGCAACAGCAGUCCUUCAUCUUGAAAGCAGCUUGUUGAUGGCAGAAAAAAGGAACAUUCCAAGAAUUUAAACCUCUCAGAAUACUUAAAAUAAACUGUUGCAGAUAUAACUGACAACUCAAUCAUAGUAAUACAUAUAUGUGAUAACAUGAAUUAUGGGACUCAAAAACAAGUGAGAAAUGACAUGGUUCAGAAAAGUGUAAAUACAUGGGGUUUCUUUUAAGUGUGCAAGUCAGUAUUUUUUCCUUGGUUGAACUACUACUGAACCUCUGACGGGCCGUGGUAGGGAUUUUUAAACAGAAAUACUUUCGUGUUCCCUCAUCAUAAGGUCUGCAUUCCCGCUGAUCCACAGGAUCAGUCUGUUAGUCCAGCUCUGUUACAAUACACCCUUAGUUCAGGGAAACGUUCUGCAGGUGAUGCAGAGAUAUGAUUUGAAUUUUGAAUUUAAAGGCUCAUUGCUCCUUUCAAAAGGCCAAGCUCCACCAAUGAACAGCCACCAGCUACAUGUGAGCACAGCUGCUGUGGAUGUGGUCGCUGCUCAGACUGGCUGCUCUAAUGGUUGGAUCUGUGGUGCUGUGGAUAUGGCCACUGCGACUGCUCCCAUUAACACAAUCAAAGCAUGGAAUUUUUAACUCAGUGCUUUUGUCACAGAUGACAAAUGUGUUAAUAGUUACAAAAAUUAUUUGAUUACUCAAAUAGCUGUCUACUAUAAAAAGUAAUUGCUGACUUUUGACAAUUAAUCAGUUUGAGUAAUUUUGAAAUGUAAGUCACAAAUUCUCAGAUUCUAGAUUCUGAAAUGAAUGUUUUCUCGUUUCUUUACUGUAGAGCCAGUAAACUGAAUAUAUUUGGUUUAUAAACAAGACAAGACAUUAGGGACCUCAGGUUUGGGCCUUGGGAAAUGCUGAUGGAUAUUCUUCACUAUUAUAUAGACCACAAAACUUAUCUUCAAAAUGAUCCUGAGGUCCUGAGUCACCCACCAAACCACAGGGGUUCAGAGAUACAGUUGAAUUGCAAUGCUCAACCAGCACUAGCAUCAUAAUUUACUAAACACACAACCAUUGUACAUUUGUGUUAUGCCCCAUAAUCCAUGGUCCUCAACCACCAGCUCUCCUAAUCAUCUACCAGCUGCAUUGAUACAGACUUGAACCUUUGCUAGCAGCAUGAUGGGGUCUCAACCAGAGCGGCUAUAUCAUAAUACAGCUCAGCCUUUUUUAUAUGGAUCAGAGGGAGUGCAAAACGUAUGCGAUAACAAAUUUCAGUUCAAAUUAAAAAGAUUGAUGAGGCAGUAACUUAAACUAACCUUCCUUUAAGCAGGUUUACCUUCUGCGGUCAUUAAAAAUGGUUUUGGUUUGUAUAAUCUGUAAAGUGAGAUAUUGUUACCUUGAUUAAAUUGAUGUAUUUUCAUUA